AUGAAGAUUAAAGAACUGAAGAAGACUGUUAAUGUGAGCUGGUCGCCAGCGGAGCAUUAUCCCAUAAUGCUCGCGGCCGGCUCCGCUGCUCAGCAAGUGGAUGCUUCCUUUAGCUCCAAUGCUUCGCUGGAACUUUACUCCUUGAAUUUGGAGGAACCCGGAAUGGAUUUAGAGCUUAAGUCCAGCUUGCAGACACAACAUAAAUUUCAAAAAAUUGUUUGGUCAGGAGCUGGAGUUAUUGUAGGAGGAUGUGAUGGAGGCCUUCUUCAGUUCUACAAUUCUGAGAAAUUACUGAAUAACUCCACAGAAGCACUUGUUGGAAGUAGUACAAAACAUAAUGGCCAUGUGUCAGCGCUUGACAUCAAUCCCUACCAGAGGAACCUGCUCGCAUCAGGAGCUUCGGAGAGUGAAAUCUUCAUCUGGGACUUGAACAACACAAGUCAGCCAAUGGCACCGGGAAAUAAAAAUCAGCCAUUCGACCAUGUACAAGGCUUGGCUUGGAAUCAGCAGGGA